AUCCAUCAAUGAUAGACUGGAUUAAGAAAAUGUGGCAGUAGUGUGUGCCGUCCAGGGCUAGAGCAAGCGUGGCCCCACGGCCUGCACAGCCCUGAGCCAUGCUGAGGAGCUGCACUGGGCACCUCCGCACGCUGGGGGCCCUUUGCCGGCUGCCGCUGGUAGGCUGGCGCCUGUCGGGUCGUGAGCCACGACCCGCGCUGAGGUCAUUUUCUUCUGAGGAAGUCAUUCUUAAGGACUAUUCUGUCCCCAACCCCAGCUGGAACAAGGACCUAAGACUGCUCUUUUACCAGUUUAUGAAGAAAUGUGAAGACGACUCCUGGAAACGUUUGCCUUCAUAUAAACGUACACCUACUGAAAGGAUUCAAGACUUCAAAACCCGUUUUCUUGACCCAAAGCUUAUGAAAGAAGAACAAGUGUCACAGGCCCAGCUCUUCACCAGAAGCUUUGAUGAUGGCCUGGGCUUUGAAUACAUGAUGUUCUACAAUGACGUUGAGAAAAGGAUGGUUUGCUUAUUUCAAGGAGGCUCUUACCUGGAAGGACCACCUGGAUUCAUUCAUGGAGGUGCCAUUGCAACCGUGCUUGAUGCUACUGUUGGUAUGUGUGCAAUGAUGGCUGGGGGAAUCGUCAUGACUGCCAAUCUCACCAUCAAUUGUAAAAGACCUAUCCCUCUUUGUUCUGUUGUUAUGAUAAAUAGCCAACUUGAUAAAGUUGAAGGAAAGAAAUUUUUUGUUUCCUGUAAUGUUCAGAGUGUUGAUGAGAAGACCCUAUACUCAGAGGCGACAAGCUUAUUUAUAAAGCUGAAUCCUGCUAAAAGUCUGACAUAAGAGCUGCUGGUGAACUCCAUCUCAUUCUCUCCCCUCCAGAAGAAGCAGUUGUCCCCCAAAUACUCUGCUCCCUCACUGCUGAAUCCCUGUAGGGAGAAGCCUGCCAACAGUGACCUUCUGAAACAGCCUUCUGAAUACAAGGAGGAUUCAGCUUCCAUCUUCUCAACUUUUUAACACAGAAACACUUCCUGUGAGCAUUUCGACAACUCUCAGUCCGGGUGCUGUGGCUCACGCCUAUAAUCCCAGCACUUUAGGAGGCCAAGGCGGGCGGAUUGCCUGAGCUCAGGAGUUCAAGAUCAGUCUGGACAACACGAUGAAACCCCGUCUCUACUAAAAUACAAAAAAUUAGCCGGGCAUGGUGGCGUGCGCCUGUAGUCCCAGCUACUCAGGAGGCUGAGGCAGGAGAAUUGCUUGAACCCGGGAGGUGGAGGUUGCAGUGAGCCAAGAUCAUGCCACAUCACUCCAGCCUGGGCAACAGAACAAGAACCCAUCUCAAAAAAAAAAAAAACAAGGCCGGGCGCGGUGGCUCACGCCUGUAAUCCCAGCACUUUGGGAGGCCGAGAUGGGCGGAUCACAAGGUCAGGAGAUCGAGACCAUCCUGGCUAACACGGUGAAACCUCGUCUCUACCAAAAAUACAAAAAAAUUAGCCGGGCAUGGUGGCGACUGCCUGUAGUCCCAGCUACUCGGGAGGCUGAGACAGGAGAAUGGUGUGAACCUGGGAGGCAGAGCUUGCAGUGAGCCAAGGUCACGCCACUGCACUCCAGCCUGGGUGACAGAGCAAGACUCUGUCUCAAAAACAAAAACAAAAACAAAAAAAAAACAAAAAAAAAAACUCUGUCUCCUUAAGAUAUGUUACUUGCUCCACUGCAGACUAGAGAAAUAAAUGUGUAUUGAAACUUUUACUGCGAACUUGGAAAUGCUAGAAAACCAAGCAUGAAGAAUAAAUACAUGGCGGGGAAUACACAGGCAUGUGCAUAUGCAUAUACAUUGUAAGUUAGUAAGUUAGAAAGCUAGCUUUGUUGUAUCUGAACACAUGAAUCUUUUUGGUCAGAGUAGGAAGCACAGCCAGAUCCUAUAGGAAUGAAUAACUCAAAUCUGUUGUCUGGGAUUCUAGAGAUUAAACCACUGUGCCAUUUAAAAAUAAAAAAGAAAAAAGAAAAUGUGGCACAUACACACCAUGGAAUACUAUGCAGCCAUAAAAAAGGAUGGGUUCGUGUCCUUUGUAGGGACAUGGAUGAAGCUGGACAAAAAACCAAACACCGCAUGUUCUCACUCAUAGGUGGGAAUUGAACAAUGAGAACAC